GUAUAGUGCACUCCAGUUUUGUAGUAUGCUCGCUCGGUACCGCGUUUACGGCGUGUUUCGUGGUGUCGUGGUCCUGCAUAAGCUUUGUUGAUGUCUUUAUUUAAUCUGCUUUCACUUACGCUUGUCACUCAUUAAGCUUGUUUGCAUUCUCACCUCUAUAACCUAGAAAAUGCCGAAACACGACCCGUUCAGCCCUAAGGGCAUCGCGAACAGAAUCAAGUCCAAGGGUCUUCAGAAACUGCGAUGGUACUGCCAGAUGUGCCAGAAACAAUGUCGGGACGAGAACGGUUUCAAGUGCCACACGAUGUCGGAGUCGCACCAGCGGCAGCUCCUCCUGUUUGCUGAAUGUCCGGGAAAAUACCUAGGAUCAUUCUCAAAAGAAUUUGCUGACAGUUUUUUGGAGCUGCUCAAGAGACGAUUUGGCACUAAGCGAGUGCACGCCAACCAGGUGUACCAGGAGUACAUCGCGGACAAACAGCACCUACACAUGAAUGCCACCCGAUGGCUCACCCUUACCUCAUUUGUCAAAUGGCUUGGCCGUGAAGGCCAUUGCACCGUCGACGAGACUGAAAAAGGAUGGUUCAUCACUUACAUUGACCGAGAUCCAGACACCAUUCGAAGACAGGAGUCAUUAGCCAAGAAAGAAAAGCUUGACCUGGACGAUCAGGACCGGCUUGCCAAGUUCAUCGACCGGCAGAUUGAGCGAGACCGUGAGCGCAAAGGAGAAGAGGCAAUAACCACUACAGACUUCACGGAACUGAAACGAGAAAAUGAAGAAGAAAAAGUUGUUUUCAAGUUGGCUGCUUCCUCCUCGAAACAGCAAGAAGAAGCGGCACAAAAGGAGACAAAGGUGAACCCACUGGAAGUGGCUGCCAACAAGGCUGCGGAAAAGCACAAGGCACCGUCAUCAUCUUCGUCAACCUGCGGCGAUGGCGAGCCAAAGCCCAAGAAAGCAGCAAAGCUCUCGGCCCUGGACGAAAUCAUGCUCGAACAAGAGAGGAAGAGGGAGCAGAUAAAUCGCCGGGCCUACUGGAUCGCUCGCGACAUUGUGGUCAAAGUGAUGGCCAAGAAGCUGGGUGACAAGUACUACAAGAAGAAGGGCGUCAUAGAGGAUGUACAAGACCGGUACGUGGCGACAGUUCGAAUGUUGGACAGUAAUGACAAAGUACGGCUGGACCAGAGUCACUUGGAGACGGUCAUCCCCAACAUUGGGCGGCGUGUUAAGGUCGUCAAUGGUGCCUACCGGGGCCAAGAAGCUACCCUGCUUGAAGUGGACCAGGCAAAUUUCUGUGCAAAGCUCCGUCUCGACGCCGGACUUAUCAGUGGUCGCAUACUUGAAAGAGUUUCAUAUGAGGACUUUUCCAAGCUUCACGUGUCGUCGUGACAUCCGUGAAAGAAAGAAUGGGUGCUUGUUUCGUCAGAAAGGUUUUCAAAAUUUCUGUUGUGUUCAUCAAUUUCGACUGGCUCCUUUCACAUUACUGUCCACUGCACCGAACUUUUAUUGUGUUGUCUGUUGGUUAUAUGCGAGUGUCAAGGACAAUGGCUUGAUAUUUGCCACAGAAGUUAUAUCCAGUGGUGAAAGUGUUUGUGAUUUCUGCGAUGAACAGCCUUCAUUUUAUUGUGAUCAGCUGAAUAAACAAAGAAGUAAUUUAAAACCCACGAAA